AUGAAGUCCCUGCUCUUCAGCCGCUUCCUGCUGCUGCUGCCCUGGGGGCUCAUCGUCAUCCUCCUGCUGGAGACGGACAGCAGCCGGGCGCCGCUCGCGCCCCCCGCCCGGCCCCCGCAGCAGGCGGCUCCCAGGCGGCCGGCGCUGCCCCCCAUCUAUGCCAUCACCCCCACCUACAGCCGCCCGGUGCAGAAAGCCGAGCUCACCCGCCUGGCCAACACCUUCCGCCAGGUGGCGCGGCUGCACUGGGUCCUGGUGGAGGACGCGGCCCGGCGCAGCGAGCUGGUGAGCCGCUUCGUGGCGCGGGCCGGCCUGCCCUGCACCCACCUGCACGUCCCCACCCCGCGCAGGUACAAGCGGCCCGGCCUGCCCCGCGCCACCGAGCAGCGCAACGCCGGCCUGGCCUGGCUCCGGCAGCGACACCAGCACCUGCCGCCGCCGCAGCCCGGGGUGCUCUUCUUCGCCGACGACGACAACACCUACAGCCUGGAGCUCUUCGAGGAGAUGCGUACAACCCGCAAAGUAUCUGUGUGGCCUGUGGGGCUAGUGGGAGGUCGACGGUAUGAGCGCCCUGUAGUGGAAAAUGGCAAAGUUGUUGGCUGGUAUACUGGCUGGAGAGCAGACCGUCCAUUUGCCAUUGAUAUGGCAGGAUUUGCUGUGAGCCUUCAGGUGAUUCUGUCAAACCCUAAAGCUGUAUUCAAACGCCGUGGGUCUCAACCAGGAAUGCAAGAAUCUGAUUUUCUGAAACAGAUAACAACCGUGGAGGAGUUGGAACCAAAAGCAAACAAUUGCACAAAGGUUCUUGUAUGGCACACUCGAACAGAAAAGGUAAAUCUAGGUAAUGAGCCAAAAUACCACCUAGACACAGUUAAAAUUGAGGUAUGAUCUAGAGCUAUAACUGUGGGGGACAUACUAUAGGAAAUGGAUGUGGCUGAAGAUGCCUGAAACUUCAAUUAAGAAUUCAAGCAGUGUACAAUCUACCACUCUGCAACAUCCUGUACUAGUCAUCUGAUGGACUUCUGUACAAACAAAAAUUUGUCAGAUAAGCAAAUCUGAUAUCUUAAGAGACAUAACAUCUUUUGUCUUGUUUUGCAUGCAUUUCUCAUCUCAGUAUCAUUGAACUGAAAUAUAAGCAUUUGUUUUAAGAGUUUCCACAUAGUAAUACCAAUCAAGACUGAAAGAACUGAAGUGCAACAUUUUCAGAAACAUUAUUUAUCCAGCUUAAUUGAUGGAAUUAUUAUAAACUGGUUUAAGAUCGCAAAAUGUUGGUCACCAAAAAUUUUUGUUAAAAGCACUUUCCAGAUUAAAUGUGGUUUUCUUGUAUUACACAACAACUUUCUUGAAGUCACAGUGACAAGGUAGAUCAUACAGUAUGAAAUAAAAACCACACAAUGGUUUAUGGCUUUAUCUUUUUAAUAUAGGGAAAUAACAUUUUAUCAAUACGAGGCACCAUAAAAUGUAAACACAAUUACUGUCAAACCUGGAUAUAU